AUGACAAAACCAAUAGAUUAUACAAAAUGGAGUAAAGAUCAACUAAUAGCAAAACUUCAAAAACUAGAGAACCACACAUUAACUCCAACUAAAAAACAAAAAGAAUUUGACUGGACCAAACAUAAUUUUAGAUUUGUUGCUCUCAGGUUUGCAUAUUUGGGUUGGAAUUACAAUGGAUUAGCUUUCCAAUAUGAAGAUACACCCUUACCUACAAUUGAAGAGACUAUACUAAAAUGUUUAUCCAAGAUCAAAUUGAUUCCAGAACCUAUACUAGAAACUGAAUUUUCAAGAUGUGGAAGAACUGAUAAGGGAGUAAGUGCAAUGAAUCAAGUAAUAUCUAUAAAAUUGAGGUCUAACCUAACCGAAAAAGAGCAAGCAAAUCCAGAAUUGGAUGAUCAAGAAAUUGACUACCUUACAGUUAUUAAUGCAAAUUUACCACCAGAUAUAAAAAUUCAUUCAAUAUGUUUACGACCACCACCAGAUUUCGAUGCAAGAUUUUCAUGUAAAAAUAGACAUUAUAGAUACUUAUUCAAAGCAAAUGAAUUAGAUAUAGAAUUAAUGAAUAAGGCAGCUUUAUACUAUGAAGGAGAACAUGAUUUUAGAAAUUUUUGUAAAUUAGAUGGAUCAAAACAAAUUACAAAUUUUACAAGAUUCAUUUACAGUGCCAAAAUUAAACACCUCAAAGAUAAUUUAUAUUAUUUUGAUUUAAUUGGGACUGCUUUUUUAUGGCAUCAAGUUAGAUGUAUGAUUGCAAUUUUAUUUUUAGUUGGUAAAAAAUUAGAAAAACCUGAAAUAAUUUUGGAGCUAAUGAAUACUUCAAUCUACCCCACAAAACCACAAUAUGAAAUGGCAAAUGAUAUACCACUAGUGUUAUAUGAUUGUGAGUUCCCAACAAUGGAAUGGAAAACUUUCAAUAACCACUACAAGUUUCAUAAAUUAAUGAAUGGAUUUAUAGGUAUGGAAUAUGAUUUACAAAUAAAAUCUCAAAUGCUGGAAAUCAUGCAAAAUAUGUUAUUUAAAGAUGAUGAAGCUAUUAGUGAUAAUAUGGUACCAUUGGGAGAUGGUCUAUGA